UAGCCAGGGGGAGAAAGCUCGGGAGAGCUGGAGGUGGCUGCUGGCGCAAGCAGGUGUACAGCGCGCAAGACCGCUGGAACUGGAAGGGGCUCCCGGGUGCUGCCGGAAGUGACGCGUUCACCUGCCGAGCUGGGGCGGGGCGCAGAGGUGCCUUCGCUGCUGCCACCGCCGGGAGCCAGACGGGAGUGUACCAGGCUCUGGGAAAACCAGGGCUCCCAGCCGAGAGCGUUUCCCUGCAAGCCACGACCCGGCCGGCAGCUACCAUGGCGCGCCUACUGUGCUUCGUGCUCCUGUGUGGGAUCGCGGAUUUCACCAGCGGAUUGAGCAUCACUACACCCGAACAGAGGAUCGAAAAAGCUAAAGGGGAAACUGCGUAUCUACCAUGCAAGUUUACUCUCAGUCCCGAAGACCAGGGACCACUGGACAUUGAAUGGCUGAUAUCCCCGUCUGAUAACCAGAUAGUGGAUCAAGUGAUCAUUUUGUAUUCUGGAGACAAAAUUUAUGAUAACUACUACCCGGAUCUGAAAGGACGGGUACAUUUUACGAGUAAUGAUGUCAAGUCUGGCGACGCAUCUAUAAAUGUGACCAACCUACAGCUGUCGGACAUUGGCACUUACCAGUGCAAAGUGAAGAAAGCCCCUGGGGUUGCAAAUAGGAAAUUCCUGCUGACCGUUCUUGUUAAGCCUUCAGGUACAAGAUGCUUCGUGGAUGGAUCGGAAGAGAUUGGAAAUGACUUCAAGCUAAAAUGUGAACCCAAGGAAGGCUCCCUUCCACUACAGUAUGAAUGGCAGAAACUGUCAGACUCGCAGACAAUGCCUACGCCAUGGCUAGCAGAAAUGACGUCACCAGUUAUAUCUGUGAAGAACGCCAGUUCUGAGUAUUCUGGGACAUACAGCUGCACGGUUCAAAACAGAGUGGGCUCUGACCAGUGUAUGCUACGACUAGACGUCGUCCCUCCCUCCAACCGAGCCGGAACGAUCGCGGGCGCCGUCAUAGGGACACUGCUGGCCCUCGUGCUCAUCGGGGCCAUCCUCUUCUGCUGUCACAGGAAACGCAGAGAAGAGAAGUACGAGAAGGAAGUUCAUCAUGAUAUCAGGGAAGAUGUGCCUCCUCCAAAGAGUCGGACAUCCACUGCCAGGAGCUAUAUUGGCAGCAACCAUUCCUCCCUGGGAUCCAUGUCCCCCUCCAACAUGGAGGGGUAUUCCAAGACGCAGUAUAACCAAGUCCCCAGUGAAGACUUUGAACGUGCGCCUCAGAGUCCGACUCUGGCACCCGCUAAGGUAGCUGCCCCUAAUCUCAGUCGAAUGGGAGCGGUUCCUGUGAUGAUUCCGGCACAGAGCAAGGACGGGUCUAUAGUAUAGAACUCUGCACCUCUCCGUUCUGCUGCCCAUGGCUCGUUUCUUCUCUUGACAUAUCAACAUUUACUCUAUUCUAAAUUUUGUUAACAGUAGCCCAUAUAUAUAAUAUAUAUGCGUGUAUGUGUAUAUAUACACGUGUAUGUAUGUAUGUAUAUGUAUAUACAUACAUACAUGUGUAUAUAUGCAUAAUAUAUAUGCAUAUAUACACACUUAUAUAUGCAUAUAUAUGUGAAGAAGUUUAUAAGAAACAUGCUCCAUAAGAUUUUUUUGGUUAUUGUGAAACAAUAAAGGCUUAAGAGUAAUAGCAUUGACCAUCUGGAAAAUUUGGGGUUUCUUCCCAAGUUGAUUUUAAUGCCCUUAUCUUAUAUCUGAAGAAAGAUAUAGCACUUUGAAUAUGAUGUCAUGGAUGAAGAAAUUUGUGAGUUUACACACAUCCCAAGUUUAUUCUUGAAUCAUCUGAAAAUGACACUUCGUAGUUUCUACCAUUAUUUUCAGGAUAUCUGUCUCAUUUAUUGAUGAAUAACAGUAUCUCUCAAAUGGAAAAACAAAUCCAUGGAAAAACUACUUAAUGUAUGAAUUUGUUUUUAUAGUCUGAGAAUUCUAAGUGUAUUUGGUUAUCUGUAAAAGUAGGAGACAUGACAGUGUUUUAGAAAUAACUAGUUUUCUUUCUAAGUCAUUCCUAAACAUCUAUGACCUGAUUUCUUUCCUGUCUUUUUUUUUUCUUUUGUUGUUGUUUUGAGAUAGGGCCUCAGUGUGUUCGUUGCCUAGGCUGGCCUCAAAUCCUGAUCCUUCUGCUUCUGCUUCCUGAAUGCUGGGCUCACAAGUGUGUCUGACUGUACUGGCUGUAGACCGGUUUCCUAAGUAUCUAACCGGUGCACUACAGAGGCAGCAGGAAGCUUUAGUGCACGACAAAGGAAGCUUCUGCUACACAGAGCUGAAACCCUUGAUGCUGCAUGGGUCGGGGUAGGAGGAGGAUGGAGGAGGAGAGUGUCUGUGCCUCGGGGCCUGUGGACUGCUGCAAAACUGACCAGGCAGGGUGAGGGUGCCAGAUUUAUCGGUCUGUAGCUAAACACUGCCCUUCUACUGUAAGUGAUGGUUUUGCAAUUGGGAAGGAAGGAAGGAAGGAACAGAGGGAGGGAGGAAGAGAGGGACAGAAGGAAGGAAAGAAAACUGUUAAUUCACUUAUCUGGCAGGAAUGGAUGAGAAUUCUCAAAUUACUGAUUUUUAAAUUUGUGUUUUUGUUUUGUGGCAGACCGUACUGCAUAUUUUAUGUUGUAAUCCAGGCUUUUGAGUUGGAGUACGGUUCCUGGAGGCUAUUUUUUUUUUUUUCUCUAAGAGUCAGUGAACAAAGAGAUUUGAGGCAAGUUAAGUGUCUUCCCUAGUCCUGAAUUCCAGACUUGAGCCAUGUGCUUGCUGGCCUGUGGCCGCACCUGCCUCUCUCUAGCUGUCAGAAAUCGAGGCUGAGUCUUAGGUUUGUGAAAGUGACUUACUCUCAAAAGAAAUUUUAAAAGGAGUAAAGGGAAUACUCCUAUCUGCCAAAUGUAUUAAAUAUAGUUUUCGUAGGGAAAAAAAAAGUGAAUUUAUUGUAUAUCCCUUAAGAUUGUGAGGGAGUGUGUGUAGCGUGUAUUGAGCCAGCAUUUUGUUUAUAGUAGAUAAGGUCUGUAAUAAAAGAUUUCAUUAACUGCAAAACCUUUCCCCUAGGGAAUUGGUCCCUGUUAAUCUCUUCAGGUGCUGUGCUGGUAAAUGCUACAUUAUAAAUUAAUGUUGGCAUGCAUUUACGACUAAGCAGAAUAAUGUGUAUACUUUUAAAUGGUGAAUUUAAACUGAAUGUCCAUGUAAUGGAUUCGUGUACAGUUUUACAUAUUUGGAAGCAUUUUUUUUUUAAAGUAGGUUUAAACCUCACGUAAAAUUACUUUUUAUAUUUGUGUCGUCUUCAUCUGUGCCUUUUAAGGUAAAUUUAAUUUCUACAGUGACUUUCUGGUGCCUAUGAGCUAGCUAUCACCUACCUUGAGGUGCUUAGAGGUGAAGGUACUGUUUUCAAAAGCACAUCACCGUGGCUUUCUACCCUUAGAGUCCCAGUCUCGCCUCUUCUCCUCUGCCUUUCUUGAUGUCACUUAAAUAAUACCACUGUUUAGUAGGAUUGAAAAGAAAGCCACACCCUCAGUACGCUUUGACCGUGCUUCUAGUUUAUAACCAGAGCCACGUUUGACUUUCAGAUGUUUGGCAUUUUUAUAAGAUAUUACAAGAAUAAACUGGAAUGCAGAUCUUAAUGGGUUUUAGAAUGGUAAUGAAGAUUAUGGUAGGUAGAAAACACUACAAAAGCAGAUGUGUGGAAUCUUUUCCUUUUCUUAGACUUUGUAUUUAUUUAAAGGCAAACAAAACCUAGAGUAUCCAACUAUUUUUAGUCUAGAUCUGUAGUAACUAUAAUCUGAAAGAGAAACUUGUUUAAAAAAAAAAACAAACACUGUGAACCCCAACAGGCCUGGUGGAAAAAGAAUCAGAGACAUAGUUGAAUUUUUAGGCUUUGGUCUGCAGCGCUUCUCGUUGUUCGCCUCAGUUUACCCAAAAGGUCAGACAAGUGCUAGGAAUUUCCCAGACAAUCUCACUGAUUUUAGUCAACCAAGGAGCAAGUAUUUGCUCUAGAAUCAUUGUUGGUAAUGGUCAACAGCCCAUCGGCCGUGCUGGCGCAUCUUCACUAAGAGCCAGUGUGAGUUCAGGGCCAGCACUGUCUUCCCAGGAGACCUUUCUGAUUCCGCUCUACACAUGAGAGACUUAACCCAUAUUCUAAUGUUCCGAGAACAUUAAAACAUCUCUGGAGUGAAAUGACACUCGUCUGUGUUCUGAAUACAGAACAGUUUAUGAGUAUUACUAUGGAUAAUCUUAGUCGUGUUUUCCUGUUAGAAAGCCUCCCCUUCUGCUCAAAGUCUGGUAUCGAUUUUUGUGGUUACAUAGACAAAGACUUCCUUAAAUUUGAAUUAUCUACCAAGGAUUUAUUAGUAUGGAAACAGACUGAGUGUGUUUGGUGGGGAAGAUCCAUAUAGACUAUGGAAAUGCCUAAUUUCUGGCACAUAUGACUGUGCACAUCAUCUACGAUCCCUGAACUCAGAGGCACAGGAAGAUCAUGGCUUUGAGGCCAGUAGCCAGUUCAAAGCAAGCCUGAGCUUCCCGGAGCGACCUGGCACCUAGAGAUUGGACUCAGUAGUACAGUAUUUUCUCUAGAAUGGGCAAAAAGAAUGAGGUCUGAAUCGGAAUUCUUUUAAAGAAAUGAAUUUCAGGCUGUGCCCUGGGAAUUAGAUUACAUGGAGAGGCAGCAAAUUUUUGAUUAAAAAGAACUCACUGCAUGGAGUUGGCUAUUCUUUAAUGUGUGACUUAGGAAAUAACUACUGUCUCUGUGUGUACAGCAUGUAAAUUUGAAGCUAUGUGAAUGUUCAUUCAUAGGUUUCUGGGUUUUUUUUCUAAAAUAUUUCCAGUAGUGUUUAGAGUGUUCUCAGCUGCCUUAUUUCGGUGUGAACAGAUAACGUUCCUAUUUUAUGUGGUGAAUGCUUUAAAUGUGUCACUUACAGAGUAGUUGUAGAAAACAGCUGGCACGACUUUAAGUGGUUUGCGACAUUAUAUAUUAUAUAUGUACAUAUAUGUUUAUAACAUUAUUGUGUUUCAUAGUAUAACUGUUCUGGGCAAGUUUUAAUAUUUCAAAUGCCUCUGGAUAUUCCAGCAAUAAAGGCAACAUGUUCUGCAGUCAAAUUUCUCGUUUGCCUACUUUGACACUAAAAUAAUCUGUAUUUGAGCAAGAUUCCUUUUGAAAAUAUUACAGAAUGGGGAAAUAAAUUUGUGAAUUGUGGUUAUUUCUCCUUUCAGAAGGCUGACCAUUUGUUUACCUUCCUUGAACGUGACCUUAAAUUCUAAGUUCAGGCUUACAAAGUAUGUCCCAGUUUGUAAUUUAGAGAAUAGAGACCAUCAGUUGGGCUUGGUGUUGAUUCAGACACUAAGAAGUCUGCCAAAGACAAGCUUUGGGAUUUCUGCUAAUUUGUUUAAUGACACAGGUGCUGAGAAGGACCACAGUUCACCAACUGACUUAUUCUUGUUCCUAAUUGUGAAUGUUGGCAAUAAACACAGUUGUAUUAAGAACACUAAUUUGACACCCACAUUUGCAAAGUUAUAGUGUCAGUUUCAGAUUUUGUAUUUCAAAUAUCUGGCUUACAUAUUCAAUGAUGCAGAUUUCAAAGUUUGUAAGAACAGUUUUGUCUAAAAACAGAAACUUGCUCUUAGUUUUGUGACCUUGUGUACUUUUGAAAUAAAAUGAAGAAAGCAG